AUGGCUAAAAGCUCUUUCAAGUUCGAGCAUCCUCUGGAGAGGCGCCAAGCUGAAGCUUCUCGCAUCAGGGAGAAAUACCCUGAUAGAGUUCCUGUCAUUGUGGAGAAGGCUGAAAGGAGUGAUGUCCCUGACAUUGAUAAGAAGAAGUACCUUGUCCCAGCAGAUUUAACCGUUGGUCAGUUUGUCUAUGUUGUGCGGAAGAGGAUCAAGCUCAGUGCUGAAAAAGCCAUAUUUGUGUUUGUCAAGAACACAUUACCACCCUCAGCUGCUCUGAUGUCUGCAAUCUAUGAGGAGAACAAGGACGAAGACGGCUUUCUUUACAUGACCUACAGUGGAGAGAACACCUUUGGAUGUCUUCACUAA